AUGGCUCAUUCUGAUGACGCUAAUGCACGGAUGAGGAACUUUUCCGACAACAAGGGAGAGAAAGGGAAAAACAUAGUUUUAAAAACUAUUUUCUGUAUUCAAACUUUUAAUAGGGUCUGUUCCUGCAUGGAUGCCGUCAGAAGAACUGGCGACAUAGUUGUUAGGGUGCAUGUUGAUGCCGUCACUGAAGAUGACGAGAUGCAUGAUCCGCCAAUGCAGUUGGCGAGAAGCGCUGAGCUGGGUACAAAGAUUGGGGCAACUCUAUGGCAAGAAUUGUUCCCUGAAUUUGAGCCCAAGUUGGGUUGUGGUGGUGCAUAUGUUAUUCAGAACGUGAAGGUUGUUGAUACUCAUUCUGACUACAAAGUGAGCGUUGCAAAACCUGAUACUUUAGUUGAUAUUGUGGGUGUUAUUGCUGAAGUGAUUGAAUGCAAAACAGUUAAUCCAGCAUACAAAGUGACUGUCAAGUUGAGAGACAACAGUCAUGUUGAGAUCAUCAUGACUGUGUGGGAGGAAUAUGCUCUUCAGCUGGAUGAUGCUAUUGAGAAAAACCAUUUUGUGCAAAAGCCAUUGGUUGUUAUGCUAACUCUUGCUAAGAUCAAAGAACCCAAGGACAAGUAUCCCCUCAGUGUACAGAAUAUAAAGCAUGGUUCGAAGUUGUAUGUGAAUGGUGACAAAAACGAAAUUCAACAGUUCCAUGAUAGUUUACGUGUGUCAUUUUAUAUUGGCGGUCUAGAUGAUGAGGGUGGUGUUUCUCAAUCACAGUCUACCCAGAAUUGCCAACAUAAGUUUUUGCAUAAUGCUCAAAUAGUGAGCUUUGGUGAAAUAAAGACUCUGCGACAGGAUUGUUACUGUUUGACUGUGGGCACUGUCGAUGAAGUGAUGAUUGAUACACCAUGGAGUUAUGACAGUUGUCCAUACUGUACAAUCACUUUUGAUCCAUUAAAAAUAGGUGUCGCCUGCCGUUCGUGCCAGAAUCAUGUUACUCACACUAUUCCAAGGUAUAAGUUAGUUGUCAAGAUGGAACAGAAUGGGGAGAAGGCGAACUUCCAUUUUUGGGAUGCAGUAUGUAUCAAAAUAUUUGGUAAAAAUGCAGAUGAAUGUCGUCAAGAGUUGAUUGCGAGUGGUGAUGAGAUCAAGGUGUUCCCUGCGUGUGUUGAUCAAUUGUUGGGUAAAACUUGGGUUGUGAGAUUCAAACACCGUAUACAGAUGCACCAAUCAUCCGUGUUGGAUUUUAGUGAACAGGAACAUCAUAUACAGUCAGUGAUAUUCACGCUAGGUCUACAGGAUGAACAAUGUUUAAGCAACAAGUCAGCUGCUGUUGGUGCUGCAUCUUCAUCACAACAAGAUUACCAUCCUACAUCAUCUGAAUAUGAUCCUGGAAAUGCUGCCUUUGUAACUCCUGCAAAAAGAACAUCCGAUCAGCAAGGAAGUAGUCAGUUUGAUAGUGACAACUUCACAGCAUAUGAGCUAUCGACCAACAAGCAUAUAAAAGCUGAGUAA